AACACUUUAAAUUAAAACGCUUAUCUGACAGGACUCGUAACAGCAGACAUGACAGAAACUAGGAUAUGCGAGAACCAAAUUCCUCCAAAACGUCGGAAAUUGAUGACAUAUGAACCAGAACCCAGGUCAACGGUCUUAGUUAUCUAUACAGGAGGAACAAUUGGAAUGGAAACAAAUGACGAAGGAGUAUAUGAAACAAAGGAAAACUUUCUUGUGAGCAAGCUAAAAACCCUUCCAUUGUUUCAUGACGAGGAAUAUGCUGUCGCUCAUUUUGCAGCGGAUGAAAAGGAUUUCCUUGUUUUGCCCCAUCAAAAUGGCCGAAGGGUGAUGUACAAAAUAAUGGAAUACAAACCACUGCUGGAUUCAAGCAACAUGAUGGAGAACGAUUGGGGGAAAAUUGCCUCUGACUUAUUUGAGCAUUAUGACCAAUUUGACGGGUUUGUGGUACUCCAUGGGACAGACACCAUGGCCUACACAGCUUCCGCUUUGUCCUUUAUGUGCGAGAAUCUUGGAAAGACUAUCAUACUGACAGGAUCACAAAUUCCGAUUUUUGAAGUCCGAAGUGAUGGAAGAGACAACUUUUUAUCUUCUCUUAUCAUGGCGGGGCUGUACAACAUACCGGAGGUUUUGGUGUGUUUUGACAACAAAAUUUUGCGAGGAAACAGAUCAAUAAAGAAUGAUGCUGGAAGCUUCUCUGCUUUUAUUUCUCCUAAUCUUCCACCAAUUGCUACUCUCGAGAUUCGUAUCAAUGUGGACUGGGCUGCAGUCUUCAGGACAACAAAGACAGAAAAAUUUCGAGUCCAUAAAAACAUGUGUCUGAAUGUGGGUCUUCUGCGUAUUUUUCCAGGCAUUACUAUUCAGACUGUUAAAGCUUUCCUUCAACCCCCUAUGCAGGGUGUUGUUCUACAAACCUAUGGAGCAGGAAAUGCACCAGAUGAUCGACCAGACUUUCUUAAGGUCCUCAAGGAGGCUUCCGACAUUGGAGUUGUUAUCAUAAAUAUUACACAGUGUACCAAAGGUUGUGUCAUGACAUCUUAUGCCACAGGGAAGGCUUUGAAGGAUGCAGGGGUCAUCUGUGGUGGAGAUAUGACUCCAGAGGCUGCCCUCACCAAACUGAGCUACGUAUUAAGCAAGGAAACUUGGUCAAUGGAGGAAAAGCGCAAGUUUAUGAAAAGGAACUUGAGAGGAGAAAUGACAGUGGUGGCGAAAGAAAACAUCUCCAUUCUGGACUUUGAAUUGAUUGAAAGCGUAGCUCAAGAACUGAGACUUAGCAGUACAGAGGAGAAAAAGAAACUGCAAGAUGCGCUGUAUCCCAGUUUAAUGUGUGCAGCAGCCAAAACUGGUGAUAAUGAUGCCCUGGAGAUACUUAGACGUUCAGGGGGUAACUUGUCCUCACACAAUUACGAUGGACGUACAGCAUUACACGUGGCAAGUAAAGAAGGUCACGUGCCUACCGUAAAGUACUUACUCCAACAGGGAGUCUCGGUGCAUCUGAAAGACUGUAACGGCAUCACACCCCUACAUGAUGCAGUGAUGGGAAAACAUCAAGAUAUCAUAACCCUAUUGGUUCAAACAGGGGCAAAACUCACUAUAAAGCCUAUAGUAUUAUCCGUAGAACUCUGCUGUGCUGCAGCUUCUGAGGAUAUAGAGACUCUACAGGCCUACAGAGAUGCUGGGGCCAAUCUGAGUGUAUGUGACUAUGACAAACGCACGGCACUGCAUGUUGCUGUAGAUUCCGGUUGUAAACGUUCCGUUCACUUUCUUUUGGACAACGGUGUCAGCUGGAAGAUCGAGGACAUUUCUGGUAACACGGCACUGGACUGUGCCAAGAAAGGAAACGCGACCGAGAUCAUUGAGAUGAUCGAACAAAAGGAAAGACAACUUAAAAAUUCUAUCUAAAAUGAGAUUGAAUUUUUCAUCUUUUCACCUUGUUAGCAAGAAUAACAUCUACCUAAAAUUGCAGACCUUAUCUAAAUAAUGAAUAUUAACUAAACUUAAUCAAUAAAAUCAUAUAGUAGUACAAUGUAUACUGAAAAUUAUUUUUAUCAUAAACAAUAAUAAUUCAAAGAAAACUGUGAUAAAAAGUGAAUAAGGUGUUGGAUGGUGACUAUUUAGCAAAGCUUUUUAUCCCUCUGUGUUUGAAAUACAUUGAGUUUUCAAUCUUUAUGUUUUACUAUCUGCUAGUUCCUUAGUCAGUAUUCCAGUAUGACUUAAUACUAUAGAAUAUGUAAAGACGGAGUCGUUAUAAUUGUGUACGUAUAUUUUAUUUUCAAGAACAGUUAAAAUAUCCAUUCUUUAUCCAAAAGUUUUUAUAUUAUAUCAAUACAUAAUUAUAUAUAUUUGACAUUCAAGCAAAAUUUAUUAUUAUAAAAAAAAACCAAGAGAACUUUUUAGUUUUUUUUCAAAUAAGUAUUGAACAGUUGAAAGAAGAGAAAUGUGAUUUUUAUCCCCUGAUAUACUUUUAUGUCGAAAAUUUGAACCACUAUAAUAACAUAGAAAAUUUGAACCAUCAAAUUAUCAUCGUAUUAUUUACAAGGAAAGGUAUAAAAUAUUUUCUAAAGAUUGGAGUUUUAAAAAUGUUGAAAACAUUUAAAUUUGUUUUAGAUAAAAAUAUUGCUGAAUUCAAUUACAACUUGUUAUAUUAUUAUUUUUAUGUAAGAAAAUCAUGUUAAAAUGAAAAUGUAAUGUAACAAGUUGUAUUUGUGUUAUAUUAUAUUUAUUUAUCAUAGUGAAAAUUCAAUGUAAAUGUUAUGUUUGAGUAGUAUUUUAAAUGUAACAAAAAGACACACUUAUUCAACAACCUUUUGUUGCUUUAAAAAAUGUUUUGCAGGCUAGAAAGUAUCGAUGAAACAGAGUAUAAUCUAAGAACUCAUGUUAAAAAGUGUACUAUUUUCUGGAUAAACGUUUUAAAAUUUAGUAAAUGUUUGUGAUUUAAAAAUUGACAUGAUUGAAAAUGUAACACAAUUGUUAUAAGAUUGUUGUGAGAUACAUGCAUUAUAUAUAUAUUUUGUAUGAUUUAUAUAUUUAUCAACUACUUGUACUAAACCGAAUAAAAUCAUAUUUAAAUAAAACAGUGAACCCCUAUCAUAAACAAUGAUGUAUAUUUUGAAUGUGAUUGUUUUAUCUAAGAUAAGAAAUGCAACAUAGAAGGGUACAUGUAUAGAAGAUUAAGCUUAAGCUUAUGCAAAAUGAAACAAAAAUUUCGAAAUUAAAUUUUGUCAAUUUACUGGAAGCGUAUUUCAAAUCAUUCUUUGUCCGUUUGUCUGUACACAUCGUCGUAAACUUUCCAUAUUUUCAUUUUAUACUCCUGAACCACUAAGCCAACUUCAACUAAACUUGAAAAAAGUAUUUUCGGGAAAAAAGGCUUUUA